UUGUUUUGAUUCGUAAAGAUGGCGUCGCUCAUGGAAUCGUUCGAGCAACAAUAUGCAGCUUUAUCAGCUGAAAUUACUGCUAAAACUAGCCGUUUAAAUAAUUUAUCUGGAAUUGAAAAGAAAAUGCUAAUUAGUCAAGUGGAUAGGCAAAUGGAAGAAGCCCAUGAACUGCUAGAACAAAUGGAUUUAGAAGUAAAAGGCAUGCCACCUGCCUCGCGCCAGAAAUAUCAAAUUCGGUUAAAGAGCUAUGUUGCUGAACUCUCACUAUUAGAUAAAGAAUUGAAAGCACGAACCAAUCCUCGGGAUGACAAUUCACUUCGAGAUGAAUUAUUCGAAGGGGAUUAUGUGAAAGAUGAUCAGAAGCAAAGGUUAUUAGACAAUACAGAAAGAUUAGAAAGUUCAUCUAGGCAGUUGGAAGGUGGAUACAAAUUAGCUGUGGAAGCAGAACAAAUAGGAAGUCAAAUUCUUACAGAUCUUAGCUCACAACGAGAAACAAUUAAAAAGUCAAAAUCUAGACUCCAAGAUACAAAUUAUGAUCUUGGUAGAAGUUCACGUAUCAUAAAUGGAAUGAUAAGAGGAAUUAAACAGCAGAAGAUGAUAUUAUAUGGUGUUGCUACAAUUAUGCUUCUUACCAUUGUAUUGGCAAUAUAUUUCACUGUUAGAAAGCAUGUUUGAACUUUUAAUUCUGUUUAGUAUACAUCUAUUUACAGUCUUGUGAUCUUUUCUUAACAGUGUAUAGCACUGUUAUUAUAACUUGGAUUAGUAGAAUAUAUUUUUUAUCUCCAUAAUUGGAAUAUUUAUCAUCACUUAGAAUUCCACUCUUCAACUCUUUUUCUAUAAUUAGUUACUAAAACCGGAAGGGAAAAACCAUUCUAAAAAUCAUAUGCUAAUUCUUGUUUGAUAUUUUGGUAUUAGUUGAAAAGUAAUGUUAAUUGUAUUGGUUUUAAUAUUGUAUAUAUUAUUAUUGUAAUUAAUAAUUUUAUUCUUUUAAAUAUUACUUUGUUUUUAGAAUUUCUUAUUUAAAAUAUUUUUAUCUAAAUGUAAUUAAGUUAAAAGAGCUUAAAUCAUGUUGAUGUAGAAUCUUCAUUAUGGAAUUGAAUUAUGAAUGGUAUUUCAAGUUAAAAUUUUCAUACUCUAAACACAUUUUCCUUUUUUUUCUUCUUUUUUUUUUUUCUGUUUGUGAUUUGAACCGAAAGCAUUUUUUUCAUUAAAAUAUUUUCAUUUUAAUGAAAGAAAAUAUUAUUUAUUAUUUCAGUACCUAGCUUUUAUCAUUUAUUUAUUAUAUUUCUCACUAUUUAUUAUCACUUUCAGAGUUAUUUGGAAUUAUUUAAAAUAUAUUGCGAAUUUUAUAUAAAUUUGUCAAAAAAAUUCACAAACUUAGGAUUUGUAACUGCCUUUUUCUCCCCCUAUAUAUAAUAUUUCCACUUUUGUAUCAUUUUUGUGUAAAAUGUCCAUAAUUCAUUGAAAUGAUCCUUUCAACUUCCUUUUUCGAAUUUUAUCGCAUUGCUGAAAAAAGAUUACUUAGAAUCUCUUUGGUUAAAUAAUAUUGCAAUUUAGCUUAAGAAAAUUGUAAAAUAUUUCUGAGGUAUAAUGAAUUAAAAAUUUAGAUCAAAUCCCCCACCACUACCACUUGCAUUUAUCAAAAUGAAAAAAAAAAAAAAAAUGUCGUGAAUAACUUUUAUUUUAUUGCAAUUGUAUAUUGAGAUGGCUGCUACUCAAGAUACUGAAGCUAAAGUUGAAAUGAAAAUAUAUUAUUAAUUAAGAUAACUCAGUGUUCUAAUCAUUAAAACAGUAAAUUGUAGGUUUAUUUCUGAAGUAAUCUUCAGGUAUUAUUAAAUAAUAAUAUAUGUAAUGUGUUUAAUAAGAAUAAUUUAUUGAAAAAUUUCAUUGAAGUGAAAAUUAAUACUUUUGAAAAAAAAAUUCUUGUUAAUUUUUAUUCUAAUUAUCAAAUUCUUUUUGCAGUUUCAUAAAUCAUAAAUUAAUUUUAAAUUUCUGAAUUUCAAAUUCUCAAAAUCUUAAGAACUUGCAUUUAUUAAUUGAAAACAGUAUCUGCUUGUAAAUUAUCAAUCCUUAUUCUCUAUCAGUUUUGCUCCUUCCUCUCUGGCAUUCGUCGAUGACAGCCUUUGCUGCUAAAAAUCCCAGAUUUUAUAUUGCAAUAAUAAUAAUUGCAUCCUGUUGCAUAACUUUUUGAAACAAUUUUCAAAGAAUAACAGUCAUGAAAUGGAAUGUGAAUUUUUAUGGUUUCAGUGCAUUUCUUUUUGAAAUUCAUUCACUGGUGUAAUAUAAAUAAAUAUUAUGUUAAAAACGAAAAAGAACAAAAUACAUUUUGGUUUACUGUUUACUUUUAUGUUAAGUUGUUUUGUCUGAUUGUUUACUUCUUUUUUCCUAAUAUUUGUUCUAGUUUUUUUUAACAUAUCUGUUAGUUGACUAAUAUCAAAUUCACAUAAUGAAUUAUUAAAAGUUAGAAUAAUUAAAAUAUUAAUAAAUUAUCUUACCUGAAUAACUAAAUUUGAUACCAUCAUGCAUAUAAAGAUAAUUUCAUGUAGUUAAUCAGUGAGAAUUUUAUUUACUUGCCCACCUCUGGUGACUACCAUGUUUGCUCAAAUUAUUGACUUUUUUUUACUAUUCAAUAUUCAUGUAGAAUGCAUAUUUGGAAAAAAAAAAAAAAAGUCUUAUCUGACAAGACUUGAAAAAUAUUAAUUUAACUCAAUAAAUCAAAACAAAUUAUAAUGUAGGCAAAUUUAAAAAAUGUAUAUACUUACACUAUGUAGAAGUGAAAAUCCUACUAUGAAAAUAAUAUCCAAAGAAAGCAUUUUUCUAAAUUUUAAUUUUGCCUAAAGCACAUGAUUGAAUAUUUUGUUGACUAAUUCGAAUUUCAUGUUAGCAUUAAGAAUUAAUUGUUACAAAUUGUGUAUUACAUUUAAAAAUGUGUUAAAUAAAGAUA